UUUCCCCUUCCGAAAGCGAAAGUGGGCGCCGGUUCGAUCCCCCGCGAGAAGCAGAAAAGCUAAUUUCCUCCCUGGGAGACCGGAGGGCAGACUCGGCCGCCAUGAUGCUGCCUGCCCCCUUGAAGCUGGCUAUCCCUCUCAUCCUGUGCGACAUGGUCCUUCUCCCCUUGCUAGAUCUCCAGCGAUCCACCUUGGCCUCCCUGGGGGUCCCUGCGGCCUGGCUGGAGGCGGCUCUGCGCCUGCUGGUUCUCUGUGGGGCACGGGGGCUCCUCUCCCUGGCCUGGCCCUCCCAGAUGCCCCUCGCGGCCCUGGCAACUGUGAGCCUGCUGCAGCCCCUCUAUCUCGCCGUGGGGCGCUGGUUUGGAGACCCUCCUCUUCUGCUGUCGUCAGCCCCUUGGUCCUGGCCCCUGCUGGGCUAUGGGGCAGUGCUCUGGCCCACAUCAUCUGGGACGUCCUGGGGCAAAGGGAGGAGGAUGAAAGAGGACAAGGGAGGAGAAGACAAGGCCACCCUCUGGAAGCUGGUGAAGCUCUUCCGCCCAGAUGUGCCCUACCUCGCAGGGCGUUCCUUCCUUACCAUGGCUGUGCUGUGUGAAACAUUCAUCCCUUACUAUACGGGACGCUUGAUUGACAUCUAUGGGCAAUGAAGUACGAUUCGGAUGCCCUUCUCCUCCGCCAUCUUCCUCAUGUGCCUGGCGUCGCUCGGAAGCUCUCUCUCUGCCGGCACCCGUGGGGGACUCUUUAUGAUGUCCGUCUCCCGGGCCAUCAUCCGGAUCCGAAGCGGCCUCUUCUCUUCUCUCGUCCGGCAAGACCUGGCGUUCUUCCAGGAGGUGAAAACAGGGGACCUGACCUCCCGCCUCUCCAGAGACACCACCAUGAUGAGCCGCUGGGUGCCUCUCAACGCCAAUGUCUUCCUCCGCAGCCUGAUCAAGGUCUUUGGGCUCCUUGCCUUCAUGCUUGGCCUGUCGUGGCGCCUGACGUUGCUGACCCUCGUUGAGGUGCCGGUCAUGCUGGCUGCCCAGAAGGUCUACGAUGCCCGCUACAAGGCGAUCCAGGACUCCCUGGCACGGUCUGGGGAGGUGGUGCGGGAGACAGUCUCCUCCGUUGAGACAGUGCGCAGUUUUGCCACCGAGGAGGAGGAGUCUGAGCGCUACGAUGCGGCCUUGGCAGAGACCCACCGGCUCAAGGACCAGAGAGAGAUUGGGGAGAGAGCUGUCUACUUGCUCCUCAGACGGCUCGUGCAACUGGGUCUGAAGCUGAUCAUGCUUCACUCUGGGUACCAGCAGAUCCGUUCUGGCCUCAUGACCCAAGGGAACUUAUUCUCCUUCAUCCUCUACCAGAUGGACUUUGGGUCCUACAUACAGACCCUGAUGUACGUAUAUGGAGAUGCGCUCAGCAAUGUGGGAGCUGCAGAAAAAGUGUUUGACUACCUGCACCGGGAACCAUCCGUUCGCACUGAGGGGACGCUGGCCCCGGACUUCCUUCGAGGUCACGUCUCCUUCAGAAAUGUCUCCUUCUCCUAUCCUUCCCGCCCUGAUGUUCAGGUCUUAAAGAAUGUCUCCUUUGAGCUCCGUCCCAGGGAGAUGGUGGCUCUGGUGGGUCUCAACGGCAGUGGAAAAAGCACCUGCGUGGCACUAGUGGAGCGCUUCUAUGAACCCCAGUCUGGGGAGAUCCUGCUGGAUGGGGUCCCGAUCCGGGAUUAUGAGCACAAGUACCUACACAGCAAGGUGGCGCUGGUGGGACAGGAGCCAGUCCUCUUCUCUGGGUCCAUAUGGGACAAUAUCGCCUAUGGGGUGCAGGAUUGCAGCCAGGAAGAGGUGGAGGCUGCGGCAAGAGAAGCCAACGCCUUGACCUUCAUCAAUGAGCUGGAAGGAGGGUUCACCGCAGAUGUCGGGGAGAAGGGAGGCCAGCUGUCCGUGGGGCAGAAGCAGCGCCUGGCCAUUGCCCGGGCCCUGAUCCGUAACCCCAAGGUCUUGGUGCUGGAUGAGGCCACAAGUGCUCUGGAUGUGGAGAGCGAAGCUGCCAUCCAGCAGUCACUGAUGAGCGGCCAGGCCAGGGCGGUGCUGGUGAUCGCUCACCGGAUGCAGACGGUGGAAAACGCAAACAGGAUCGUGGUCCUGGAGGGUGGGGAGGUUGUGGAGGAGGGGACUCACUCUGAGCUGAUGAACCGGAGGGGUCCCUAUUACCGCCUGGUGCAAAGGAGCCAGGCUGAGUGACGUCCGCACAGGAGGGGGCAGUAACUCUGGGCUGCAUGGUCUUCUGGGAUCCCCCUCUCGAGGUGGUGGUGUGUGUGGCAUAACUGUGUUUGCCUUCUGCUGAGUGGGACCUUGGUCCACAGCCCUGAAGUCCUGCCAUGAUGGGGCCACUAGGAGACUCACCUAAUUGGCUGAUCCUUUCUGAGUGUAGAAACUCCGGGUUAGG